AUGCCGACCGAAAACAAAAAAGCCCUCCUAAUCGGCCUCUCCGGCAUCUCCUCCUCGGGAAAAACGACCCUAGCCCGUCUCCUCCGCGACAUCUUCCCCCGCACCUUCAUCCUCCACCUCGACGACUUCUACAAAACCGACGCCGAAAUCCCCAUCACAUCCACAGGAAUUCAAGAUUGGGAUUGUCUGGAAUCAAUAGAUCUCCUUUCUUUCAAACAAACUCUCGAAUAUAUCCACCAACACGGCGAACCCCCACGAUCAUUAACUUCCAAAGAAGAUAAGAAUUCCGUGGGAGAAGUCGCCGUUGAUAAAAUCUUACUUGAAGAUUUGAAAUGGAAAGCUAGUAAAUGGAUGUUCGCAGACGCGCCUCCCAUGGCAAUCAUCGAUGGAUUCCUAUUAUUCUCCGAGGAAAUGGAAGAGAUCCGGGACCUCUUCGACGUGAAAUUAUUUUUACGAGCGGAAUAUAAUGUUAUGAAAACUAGGAGGGAGGCGAGGAGUGGGUAUGUUACUUUGGAAGGGUUUUGGGAGGAUCCUCCUGGUUAUGUGGAUGCUGUUGUGUGGCCGAAUUAUGUCAAGGAUCAUGCGUUUUUGUUCAAGGAUGGGGAUGUUGAGGGAGAGAUUGAUGGGGAGGUGUUGGGGAGGUUGGGAAUUGAGGCUAUGCCGGAUCAUGCGCGGGGGGAUAUGACGGCUUGUUUGCAAUGGGCGUAUGAUGUGCUUGAUGACGCUUUGCACGCUUUUACUUCCCGGUCAUGUUGA